CAGAACGAGAAAUCAAAGGCCAAGAAUUUGAUUGGCUGCUUGGGGCGCCAAAACCUGUCUCCCAUAAGUCUGAAAACAACCCGAGACUUUCAAACAAUUUAUUGUAAGUAAUAAAAUUUCUUGUGUGCUGCGUCUAUGUAAGAACUACUAAUUAGCAUUAUCGCAAUCAAACACAGAUCGCGGUCUGGUGUAGUUGUUACCGUGUGUUUGUGUGCCUAUUAAUUUAAUCUUUGAGUAAACUAAAAUGAAUAAUUUAUUCGUGUUCUUGCUUCAUAUAAGCGUUGUGUUCGCCUAUUCGCCUGCUGGACUUUACGUGGACAAUGGUUUUGAUCAGACAAUAAUCGAAAGGUCCAUGACAAAACAAGAAAAACGAGAGGUCGAAUUCGAAAUUUUGAAUAUGCUCGGUCUCCCAAACAGGCCAAGAAAAGGGAUAAAUGCACCCUUGAGGAAAUCUGCUCCCCGAUUUCUCAUGGACGUGUACAGGUCUUUAAUGGAGAAAGAAAACGAAGACGAGAAAAAUAGGGUUGAAAGAAAUGCAGACUUGAAUCUUAGCGGAGAAGAGCAGAACGCAAUCGAGGAAAGCGAUGUUAUUAUGACUUUUGAAAGUAUCAAUAAUCAUGUUGGAGGAGUUAGACACGAACGGGGCAAGAGACUGUGGUUUAACGUAUCUGAAGUGGAUAUAGAAAAUGAAAUAGUUGGGGCAGAAUUAAGAAUUUUUCAAAACGCAUCUCGGUCUACUUCCGAUUCUGAGAAAGUUUUUGUUGUUACAGCAUACGAGCUAGCAAAAUCUAACGAAGGAGAACGAGAAUUGGAGUAUGUUGAUUCUGUAAAUACGACCGCUGGCUUUACAGGUUGGCUGGAACUCAAUUUAACAAAAUGCUUUUCUACUUGGGUGGUAUUUCCGGAAUCGAAUAAGGGUCUCUACCUGUCGGUUCAUCCUGCUGGUAAACCAGCUCAUGAAAUAAGGUCAGAAGAUAUAGGUUUGGUGACAACUAAGGGUAACGAUGAAACUCAACCCUUUAUGGUGGCGUUUUUAAAAGCCACUAAUCAUGUAAAAGCCAGAACUACCAGGGAAAUUCGUAGGACAAAGAAAACAACAGAUUAUUUAAGCAUGAUGAAGAACUCAGAAAACGUGUCGACUCAUGACUGGAGGAGUUGUAAAAUACAUACUUNAGAAAAUAUUAUAAAGGCUAUAAUUUGUUGUUGA